GCCAACGAACUCAUUAGAGUUAGGUUUAAAUAACUGUAAUUAGUAUUGAAAGAAAUUUUUGUAGUACAGUAUAUAAAAAAGUGUGGUACACAUGACUGGGCUAAGUGUUAAGGAAGAUGAUAGCUCAAACAAUGUGUCGAAUGCUACAAUAGAUGAUGUACUAGAUUCGAAUAACUUACAAGUAGAUCAAAAUGAUAAAAGUGGGACAACUAAGCAAAGAAGAUAUCUGGCAUCAUUAGUAGAUGUUGAAGAUGAAACUGAGCAUAAUACAAAGAUGAAUGCAUUAUUAUAUCAUACGAAUAAUGAUACAGUAGAUCUUUAUAGACAACAGAAUAAUUCAUCUGAUUUAUUAGGAAGAUUAUAUUAUGAUGAUUAUGAUAGUGAUUCAAUUAUAAGUCCUGUUACAUCUGCUGAUGGAACUCCAUUACUUACACCUAAUCUUACCGGAAAUAGUAAUAUACCUCCAUUAGACUUGUUAUUAGCAUCAAAUUCUUCAUUAAAUUUAUCAGCAUCAAGAUCAAAUACUUCAUUACCAACCCGACCCGGAUUAAAUCGGUUGAAAUCUUUUGAAAGAUCAAUAUCAUUUGAUACUACAACAAAUAAUCAUAGAAAGUCUAUCACUUUAAAAGUCAAGCAUCCACAAUUCAAGUUUAGAAGAAAUAAUAAAACAUUUUUAGCUGGAUAUAAUAACGAUCAUGAAUCUAUAAAAGCUAUAGAAUGGCUAUUUGAUGAAAUGUUAAUUCAUGGUGAUACGAUUGUUAUAUUACAAGUUUUAGAUGAAAAACAAUUUGAAUUUAUUGAUAAAGAAAAAGCUAAUAGGUCACUUGAACGUAUUGAUCGACUUAAUACUAAAUUUAAAAAGAUUGCUAUAGUAUUUGAAGUAGUAAUUGGAAAACCUCAAAAACUACUUAAAGCUGCGAUCGAUGAAUAUAAUCCAAAUAUGAUGAUAAUUGGUUCUCAUCAUUAUGAUGGGAAAGAACAUCAUCGAUCAUUACUUUCAAAAUCACCAAUAUCAAAACAUUUCUUAGAAUGUGCAUUAGUACCAGUAAUUUUGGUUAAACCAAAUUAUCAUCAUCAAGAAAUGUUAAUAAAACCAAUAGAUUCGAUCAAUUAUUUUGCUGAUUGGAUUAAAAAUAUUGAUGUAACAGAUACUUAUAAUAAGAAGAGAACAAAGAAACCAUCUUCAAGAACUGGAAGUUAUACGAAUAUGGCAGCCUUAGUUCCAGAUAGAGGAAAGCCAUUACUUCAACCACCUCACCUUAUUCCAACUCUUGCCCCAGAAGAGAGAGGUAGAAGUAAUCAAAGUUUAGAUAGUGCUCAUAGGCUAAGCUCACCAGGAUCUAGAUCUACCUCAAGAACAAGAGGAUUAUCUAAAUUCUUUACUCAUAAAUAGACUAAUAGUAGAUAUAUAAAGAAAAUUUAAUUAAUGAUUCUUGUAAUGAUAUUUUAAUAAAAAUUUAAAUGCUAAGUAAAAAAGUUUUUGCAACUUUUCCGUAUAAUUUGGUUAAAAUUUUGACGAAAGUUUAAACCACAAUUGAAAUUCUCUUAAUUAUGCCCAUUUUAAAAUUCAACGUUGUAUCGGAUAAUAAUUAUAACAUCCGACAAUGAUCAAAGGCUUUGAAUUAAGAGUUUUUGACAAAAUGGGGCAAGAUUCCGUAUAUUAUCGGGUUCAAUGGCACCCUUAUGAUAAAAGUCGCACUGUAGAUUGCUCU